AUGUCUGCCGACGAUCUCAAGAAGCUCGAACAAGAGCUCAAGGAAUGUGAGUCCCUCCUCCAGGCUCGCCAAGCCGAACUCGACCGCCGCCUCGCCGAGAUGGGCAAAAGCGUCGACAACACUACAACCUCCCCAAACCCUAGCCCCACUCCCUCCUCCUACGUCGCCUCUAUCAAAAGCCAUGUCCCUGUUACCCUUGAUCUGCAGGAAUCCAACUACGCCAAGUGGCGGGAACUCUUCCUCGUCGCGCUCGGGCGCUACGGCCUCACCGCCCACGUCCUCGGCACCACCGGCGCUACGCCAUCGGACACGUCGCCCACAUCUGACUGGGCACGGGACGACUACACCGUCCUCUCCUGGAUCUAUGGCUCGAUCUCCUCCGAGCUCCUCGGCAUCAUCAUGGCCCCUGGCUCCACAGCGCGGCAAAUCUGGGACGCGCUGGCCAGCCUCUUCCACGACAACAAGAAAAGCCGCGCUCUCGCCAUCGACGCGGAGUUCCGCAACACCCCGCAAGGAGACAUGAGCGUCCACGACUACUGCUCCAAACUCAAGUCCUUCGCCGAUGCCCUCGCCGAUGUCGGCCAGCCUGUCUCCGACGAAACCCUCGUCCUCACGGUCCUCCGCGGCCUCAACGAGCAGUUCAGCCAUCUCCGCUCGUUUCUCCCGUGCCAGGUGCCGUUUCCCACCUUUCUUCAAACACGAUCUGCUCUUGUCCUUGAGGAGGCACAGAAGAAGACCGACGCCAAGAAUGCGGCUGCCUCCGCGCUCUGGGCCAGCGGCAACAGCAUCAACCCGCACGCUGGUGGCGAGCGUGCUCCUUCGGCUGGACGUGGCGGUGGCUCAGGCAGCACCGAUCCCCGUCCCCCUUCACCCUACCAGCCUGGCCUCUUCAUCAACUCUGGCCGUGGUGGGGGCUACGGUGGUCGCCGUGGUCGCGGCGGUGGCCGUGGCCGCGGCCGCGACAACAACUCUCCCUGGAUGUACAAUCCGUGGACCGGGCUCCUGACCCGGGCCGCGCAGCAGCAGCAGCAACUCCAGCUCGCCCCAUGGCAGCCACGCUGGCGCGCGCCCACGGCCGGCGUUUUGGGCCCCCGCCCCGGUCACCAAGCCUACACCGCCACCGGACAGCAGCUUCCUCCUAUGACGCCGACCUGGAACAACGGUCUGAUGAUUCCUCCCCAGCAACAUGUCUCGCAGCAGCAGCUCGACCCAGCUCUUCUUACAGCACUUCAGAACAUGCACCUCCCCGGCAACCAAGAGUGGUUUAUGGAUUCAGGCGCCUCGUCUCACAUGGCAUCCGAUCAUGGAUCUUCUCACGAAGACCGUGAUUCUUCGAUGCAAUAG